AUGGCUAACUUAGAUGAGCCUAAGAGAAGAGUAGCUUUCGUGCUGGUUGAUGGUUUAGGAGAUGUUUCACUGCCACGUUUCGGUUACAAGACUCCUCUGCAAGUGGCGAAUGUGCCUAACUUGGAUGCCGUUGCAUCUGCUGGAAUAAAUGGGCUAAUGGAUCCUGUUGAAGUUGGGCUGGCCUGUGGGAGUGACACUGCGCAUCUUUCUCUAUUGGGGUAUGAUCCGAGGGUUUAUUAUCGAGGCCGAGGUGCCUUUGAGUCAAUGGGUGCAGGCCUAGCUAUGUCGCCAGGGGACAUUGCGUUUAAGUCAAAUUUUGCAACCCUCAAUGCAGAAACUGGAGUGGUUAACAGCAGGAGGGCUGAUAGACAUUUUGAAGAAGAAGGGCCUAUUCUUUGUGCAGCUUUGGAUGGAAUGAAGUUACCCAAUUUCCCUCAAUAUGAGGUUAGAGUCAGGUAUGCGACUGAGCAUAGAUGUGGGGUGGUCGUAAAAGGACCAAAAUUAAGUGGAAACAUAUCAGGAACUGACCCUUUGAAGGAUAACCGUCUGCUUUUACAAGCUCAGGCUCUCGAUGAUUCUGAUGAAGCAAAAAACACAGCUGAUGUUGUUAACGAGCUAUCGAGGGAGAUAUCUCGUAUUUUGGUUGCUCAUCCCGUGAAUGCAAAAAGGGCUGCUGAGGGGAAGAAUAUUGCUAAUGUCGUCCUUUUACGAGGUUGUGGGAUUCGAAUUGAGGUUCCUCAAUUCGAAAAGAUACACGGUUUGCGGCCAUGUAUGGUUGCCCCUACCAAAAUUAUAGCUGGAUUGGGCUUAUCUCUUGGUAUCGACAUUCUAGAAGCUCCCGGGGCCACAGGAGAUUACAGGACCUUGUUGACAUCCAAAGCUGCUGCCAUAGCCAGUGCGCUAUCGGCUCCUUUUCAAGCGUGCCCCAAUAUCUUUGUACCUGGGGAGGAUGAACAUAAACCUGGUCAACCCAAUGGCUACGAUUUUGGUUUCCUUCACAUUAAGGCAAUAGACGAUGCUGGGCAUGAUAAAGCAAGUACCUUCAAAGCCAGAGGAUUGGAGGCCGUCGAUCGGGCCAUAGGACAGCUGGCGAAGCUCCUCUGGCAAGCCGAGUCGAGCUCUUCUGGUGCUUUACAGUACUACAUUUGCAUAACGGGCGAUCAUUCCACGCCCGUCGAGUACGGGGACCACAGCUUCGAACCCGUCCCGUUCACUCUCUGCCGUUUGAAGGACUUUGUGGGGGCUGUAGGUGGGGAUUCCCACCUUCUAGAAACUUCUCUGGACCCUUUCCCGCUUCCUAGUGUUGAAGAAGGCAGUGAUGACCUGGAAAGUCGCUACGUGAGCUAUGAAGGGAAAUCGGGAGGGGCAUUUAAGGGCGACGGUGUUUGUGAGUUCAACGAGAUAGCCGCUGGUAGAGGGUGUCUUGGGAGGUUUGAUGGGAGUGAGAUGAUGGGAAUUGUUAAGGGAUUUCUCAAGGUUUGA